CAGCGUUUAAAUAAGGCAGGAGCCACUUCAGCCCCUCGGUGCAUCCAGAAAGACAGUCAGCAAGAGGAAUCCUCCACAGCCUACUGAGCCAGAGAAGUGGUGACUAGGGGCCCCCAGGUGUGAGAGAAAAAGCCAUCAUGAGCACAGCAGGCAAAGUCAUUAAAUGCAAAGCAGCUAUUACCUGGGAGAUUAAGAAACCAUUUUCCAUUGAGGAGAUAGAAGUUGCCCCACCAAAGGCACAUGAAGUUCGCAUUAAGAUUUUGGCCACAGGGAUCUGUCGCUCAGAUGAUCAUGUGACAGCUGGUUUACUCACUAUGCCUUUACCAAUGAUUCUUGGCCAUGAAGCAGCUGGUGUUGUGGAGAGUACUGGAGAAGGAGUAACUAGCCUUAAACCAGGUGACAAAGUCAUCCCGCUCUUUGUCCCACAGUGUGGAGAGUGUAUGCCUUGCUUAAAAUCAAAUGGCAAUCUAUGCAUUAGAAAUGACCUUGGGUCACCUUCUGGAUUAAUGGCUGAUGGAACCAGCAGGUUUACCUGCAAAGGAAAAAUGAUCCAUCACUUUAUAGGUACGAGUACCUUCACGGAAUACACAGUUGUACAUGAGACGGCAGUUGCCAAAAUAGAUGCUGCUGCUCCUCUGGAGAAAGUGUGUCUGAUUGGCUGUGGAUUUUCUACUGGCUAUGGGGCUGCAGUAAAAACUGCUAAGGUGGAACCUGGUUCUACCUGCGCUGUCUUUGGUUUGGGAGGAGUUGGGCUCUCCACCGUCAUGGGCUGUAAAGCAGCUGGAGCUUCCCGGAUCAUUGGAAUUGACAUCAACAAAGAUAAAUUUGCCAAGGCCAAGGAGCUAGGAGCCACUGAGUGCAUCAACCCACUGGACUGCAAGAAACCCAUUCAGGAGGUGCUGUCGGAGAUGACUGGUGGUGGUGUGGACUAUUCAUUUGAAGUAAUUGGACGCAUUGAUACCAUGACAGCUGCCCUGGCAUGCUGCCAAGAUAACUAUGGAACCUGCGUGAUUGUCGGGGUGCCCCCUGCAUCAGAAAAGAUCACUUUCAACCCCAUGAUGCUAUUCACUGGACGCACCUGGAAAGGGUCUGUUUUUGGAGGCUGGAAGAGCAAAGAGUCUGUUCCUAAACUGGUUGCAGACUACAUGGAAAAAAAAAUUAAUUUGGAUGGAUUAAUAACCCACACUUUGCCAUUUGAUAAAAUCAAUGAAGGAUUUGAGCUGCUGAGAAAAGGGAAGAGUAUUCGCAGUGUUCUGACGUUUUAAGAUCCCAGACUCCUAAGAAGCAUGUGAGCUACCAACAGCAUGCCACGGCUUAUCUAAAAUGUCUUUUCCUAUGAUCUCUAUACAGCUUUAUUACAAAAUAUUUGUGGGAAAACCAUUCAUUACAGCUGACUAACAUGGAACAAAGCAGCACUUUAAACAUCCAGAGAGAUUUUGGAAUAAUAAAGAAAGAGGAAACCAGCUGGCAGCAGUGGCUGGACAGGAGGGGGGUA